GAUGUGUUAAAGAUGUGUGUGAGUGCAGGUAAUAGUGUGGGAGAGAUGGACUGAAGAAGGUGAGAAGGGAUAGGGUCAAGAGGACAGGUUGUGGGACGGCUAGAGAGGAGGAGUUUAGAGACAUCAGUCUCUGAGAGGGGAGAGAAGGAAGUCAGUUGGGAGUUACAUGGAGGAGGAGCCGGUCUAUGCAUGUCUGGGGUUGAGAACUGGUUCCUGAUUGAUGUAACCUUGUUGGAAAAGAAAGUGGCAAAGUCAUCUGCAGUGAGAGAAGUAGGGGAAGGGGGAAGAGGGGGACAGAGAAGAGAGGAAAAGGUUCUGAAGACAGUGCGUGUGUUGGGAGAACUACCGAUGUUUUCUUGGUAGUAUGUGGCUUUAGCAAUGGAGAUGCUAUUGGAAAAAGAGGAGAGAAGUGUCUGGUAAUUGGUUAGGUCAGUUGGGUUGUUAGAUUUGCGCCAUUUCCUUUCAGAUGCUCUUAGUUUGGCCCGGUUGUUACACAGAGCUUCUGAGAGCCAAGGGCUAGAGGGUGAUGUGCAAGCAGGUCUGGAGGUUAGGGGGCAGAUGCUGUCAAGAGAAGAUGUUAGGGUGGAACAUAACAUGUCAGUUGUGGUGUUUAAGUCAAGUGUGGAAAGGUGGCUAUCAGAGGGAAGUAAGGUUGUGACAACGGAGGAGAAAUGUGAGGGGGAAAGGGAGCGAAGAUUGCGAUGAAAGGUUGUCCAAGUUGCGUACGUUUCUGGGAGAAUGCCACAGUCUGCGCCUGUGGCAAAUAACAGGGAUGAACUGAUGACACAUGUUAGUGUGUGUAAACAGGUAACAGCAAGAGGAAUAAAGGGAGAAAAAAGUAUACUUAGCUGCACAUGUGGUGUCUUGUCGGUCUUAUCACCUAUAUCUAACUAACAAAGUAAGGCAAUGACCUUAAUAAAUAAACAGCCUACGUCAUCACUUGAAUAUGAUGAUUUCACGUUUAUUAGUCAAUUAGUCAAUUUACACAAAUAAAUGAUUAAUAAACCUAUAUGCAAGUGUAACACAUGAGAGCACUGAUUUGCGCAGUUAGCUGUACAGCUCUAAAUAUCCACAGGUCGUUGCUAAUUCCCACUUUUUCUAAAAUAUUGCAGAUGGCUCUAUGUAUAGGGGUCUAAACUUCUGUAAAUAUACAACCAAUUCUCUGCCAAGCAUUUCUUUUAAAUCCCAGUUUCUGUGUGGGAGAUUGUAUACGCAUAUUUCAAAAUCAAUUUUUGUGCAUUUGUAAAUGAGGCCUCUGUAGUAGAACACUAUAGGCCAUCCAUCUGUCCAUCUUCUAUAGGGGUUAACCUUCACUUCAAGGUCACGGGGAAACCUGGAGCCUAUCCCAGGGAGCAUCGUGCACAAGGCGGGGUACACCCUGGACAGGCCCAUCCAUCGCAGGGCACAAUCACAUACACAUUCACACACCCAUUCAUACACUAGGGACACUUUGGACAUGCCAAUCAGCCUACGAUGCAUGUCUUUGGACUGGGGAAGGAAACCCCUGCAGCACAUGAACAUGCAAACUCUGCACACACAUGGCCCCGGUGGGAAUCGAACCCUUGACCCUGAACAUGCUAACCACUAAGCCACCAUGCACCCAGCACUACAGGCCAUUUUGUAUGCAUGCUUUUGCUGAUCCUGCCCACAUUGCACAGGAUCUAUCAGUCAAACCACAGAGUUACCCUCCCAGAGUUUCCAGUCUGCCCUAGCCUGCUUUUCUCCCGCCUCCCAUGAUGACAUCACUAAAAGGCAACCGUAUUUAAAGAGGAAGAGGAGGAUAAUGUUGGAAGUGGUUAUAUGUGGUUGUGUGUUAGGAGACUGUGUUUUGGUUCAUGUUGAUUACCCUUGUGGUAAAUAGUCUUCUUUGUUUUGGUUCUGACUUGUGCCUGUUUUUGACUUUGAGUUCUCCCUGUACUUUCCAUUGUGUAUAUAUUCUCCACUGUAUAUAUUUCUCACUUAGUUCACUGGCAGUAGGGGCGUGGCUGCCAUUUCUUUUGAGAGUGAGGUCCUUUUGUCUCUGUUUUUGUAUUAGGGAAUUACGGAAGUACAUUUGUAUUUUGAUUGUUUUUCUUUUAGGUAAAGAAGCUAUCUAAACAAAUUUCUUUUUGUUUAUUAUUUUGGCCUUGGCCCACCCUGAAGUCAUGGCCACUUGUUUCUGUGUACAGUAGUAUAUACACUUGCCUAUUGUGACAAUAUAAAACGUUGUUGAAAGCUGUUGGUGUCUGUCGUUCCUGGCUUCCCUUAUUAAGAGAGCUUUCACUUGAAUAGCGAGUUGGUUACUCUGUGCAGACCAACCUAGACUGGAACGUAACACUUUAUUUAAUGAUUGUGUUGAAAGAAACGAUUGCUGAUAUUUGUGAAAAAUAUUUGCUAACACUGUUCACUUUGUAUUUUUUGAGUCUCCUUUUCAACCCAACUGAAAUAGAUUUCUCCUUGUGUAAAUGGGCAUUUUUCUUUUUUUAUUCUUCAGGAAGAAUGACUGCGAGAUAAUCUGGGGGGCUUUUGAGCAGGCCUACAUCGGGAAAGAUCCGUGUAAUGUUCCUCCUGAGGCAUAUGAUCCGCUAAUAAAUUCAGUAGCCAAAGUAUUGACUAAAAGGAUGUUGUUCUGGAGCAAAACAAAAACCAUGGUACAUGCAUUUACUGACAACAGAGACUGCCUGGUCACUUUGGAGGAUACACUGCUUGGAUUUUUCUUCGAUAAACUGACUUGGUGCAGCAAAAACGAAAGCAAAGAAACGUUCACUACAGAUUGUCCCAGCUGUCAGAACAACCCAGUGCGGUCUUUCUGGAUUAGGGCUUCUGCUAACCACCAGCUCCUGAACACUUCCAAAACUGCUGAGGUUGCAGAGGACCUGAAUGGUGUGGUCUGUCAAAUGGAUGAUAUACUAGUGUGGGGGCAUUCUCAAGAAGAGCACGAUGUUCGUCUCUAUGCUGUGCUACAGCGGAUUAAGAGUGUUGGCUUUACCCUUAACACAAAUAAGUGUGCUUUAUCGCAGAGUGUAGUGAAAUUCUUAGGGCAUAUUAUCUUGGAUGUGGGGGUUCAACCAGGCCCAGCUAAGACAGCAGUGGUCAGAAAUAUACCAAAGCCAGCCAACAUCAUAGUCAACCAGCUUGGCAAAUCCAUUUCAUGGUUGGCACAGAAAGCUAAACCCCUACGAGACCUUCUGUGA